AGGCAUGCAGAACCAGUGGAAGAAGGUGCUCUUGAUGGGCAAGAGCAAUGCGGGGAAAACCUCGAUGAGGUCGAUUAUCUUUGCGAACUACAUUGCUAGAGAGACUACAAGAUUGGGAUACACUCAGGAUGUCGAACAUUCGCAUGUCCGUUUCCUUGGGAAUUUAGUUCUCAAUUUAUGGGAUUGUGGUGGGCAAGAAGCAUAUAUGGAAUCAUACUUUGAGUCACAGCGCGAUCAUAUUUUCCGAAAUGUUGCAGUCUUGAUUUAUGUAUUUGAUAUCGAAAGUCAGCAGAUGGCCAAAGAUAUGCAGUACUUCACGCUCUGCAUCGAUGCACUCAAAACAAACUCCGAGAAUCCGAAAGUGUUCUGUCUGGUCCACAAGAUGGAUCUUGUACCUGAGGAGACCCGCGACCAGGUGUUCGAGAAGCAGGAGGCCCUCAUCCGAGGGGUGGUGGGUUCUCUGGAUACCACAUGCUUUCAGACCUCCAUAUGGGACGAAACUCUUUAUCGGGCCUGGUCGCAGAUUGUCUACAGCUUGAUUCCGAACGUUGCUGCACUGGAAAAUCAUCUUGCUUCCUUCUGUCAGGGAUGUGGAGCAGAUGAAGUAGUUCUCUUCGAGCGAGCAACGUUCUUGGUAAUCUCUCAUUCCACUCAAAAGGCGUUUCGAGACGUCCACAGAUUUGAGAAGAUUUCGAACAUCAUUAAGCAGUUCAAAUUAUCUUGCUCGAAAUCGCAAGCACAAUUUAACAGGAUGCAGAUCAAAAACAGCAAAUUUACUGCCAUCAUCGAUGCGUUCACCCCGACCACCUGCAUCAUGGUAAUCUGUUCGGAUCCAGCAGCUCUACCGGCGAUGACGCUUGUGAACAUCAACAAUGCAAGAUCUUACUUUGAGAAGCAUAUUAGUAUGGAUAUAGGAGGGGAGGCGAGCAGCGGCAAAGCCGUCUGA